UUCGAUGAAAACGCGAUCUGACACAUAAGAGAAAGCGACAUGGAGCGACGUGCUCAUAAGACAAAGCGCAAGAUCUAUGACGAUUGAGGAACGCGCAAAGUGGUCAGAUUUCUGUGCUUGGUAGACCGUCCACUAAUCCUGGGAUUGAAGUUGGUCAUGGGUCGCGCAUAAGAGCAUUCCGCCAAAAAUGAACUAUGCCGAGAAGCAUGGGUAAAAUGUUGCGCAUGAGAUCGGUAUGACGGGUUGGUGGUUAUUCUCAUAUUGUAUGCGCUUCGGCGACUUGUCGGAUCCGCGCGAGUGGAGAGUCUCGAAUGGCGCUCAUGUAUAAUCACCGGGAGUGCAAUGCUAACAAGUAGUCCAGCUGACUCUGACAAAAUGGUAGGGUACUCGCGUCGUCCUACGGGAGGUGAUCAAUUUUUACACACAUAAUCGAAGCGCCUCCGCUGACGGGGUACGAUGAGUACUGAUAACCAUGAUCAAACGAAGCCCUGCGUCAGCAAACCACCCGCAAGGAUCGAGCUUAACGCCGACGAAAGCGCGUUCGACGGCAGGCGAAUUAAGAAGGAACGAACUGACGUUUCUCUCGAGAAUGGUGACGGUAUUAACGCCGGUAUUAAUGAUACCAACAAGCAACUACAGUCGAGUCACCGACCGGCUGCCGGCAGAUUUUCAAACGGCUUCCACGACGACGACCUACUUCAAGAUAUCAUCGCGGCCAAGUUCACGGCCCUGGCAAAUCAUGGCACAACCACUAAGUACGACAAAAUUCGGCUCAUGAUCGAAGAUAGCAUCAGUGAAGAAUCAAAAGCACGCAUUCAAGAAGUUUUUUCACAAAUUGAACAACUGAAAAUAGAAGAAAAAUUAUUAUUGUACCUGAAACUUCCAUUAUCACUGACUAAUACUGGAGGAACGGUUGAUCCUUUGAGACAACCAUUAAAUCCAUUAGGAAAUCGUUAUGAAAUUCAUCAAACUAUUAUGUGGAUUAAAACACACUUAGAAGAAGAUCCAGAUGUUUCUUUACCAAAACAAGAAGUUUAUGAUGAAUAUAAUAUGUAUUGUAUGCGAAAUUCUAUGAAACCUCUAUCAACUGCUGAUUUUGGUAAAGUUAUGAAACAAGUAUAUCCAAGAGUUCGACCACGUAGACUAGGCACACGAGGCAAUUCACGUUAUUGUUAUGCUGGAAUGCGUAAAAGAGUUAAAUUGGAUCCUCCAGCAUUGCCUAAUAUAUCUGGCACUCAAACUGGUGACGAAGUAGAUGAAAAUAUUACUGAAGAAAUGUUGGGAGCUGCAUCUACCUUGAUCAGAGAAUGGGCAGAAAAUCUCUUAGGCUUGAAAUUUCCAACUUUGAGUGCCUUAGCACGUCAUCUUGUUGAUAAUUUGUGUGUUGACACUCGAUCUCUAUCUGCUGUGUGUAUAUUAUGUGCUUCAGCAAAUUCAAAUACAGCGACAAAUAAAGAGUCCAAUACAGAUAUACGUGCAACAUCUGUAAGUGGAAAGUCUGGAAAGCUCAGAGAAGCACAGUUACAAUUGCAACGAAAACUACAACAGCGAGAACAUAUAAGGGAUCAAAAACACCGCCAUCUUGAUGCUGUUAUACAAAACCAGAACAAAGAGAAGACUGUCGAUAAUAAGGCGGCAAAUAAAGGAAAUAAGAAAACUAAAUCUAAUCAGUCAUCUCAAGGUACAAACGUAUCAAGUGGACAGAAUGCAUUAAGUAAAUUGAAUUCACCUGCUAUAGCAACCAAUCGGCAGAGAAAAGUUCUUAAAGCUACUAGUAGUCAGCCAUGUAACAUCUCCCUGGAAUCUAACUGUGAUAAUAUAGUGGUACAAUCGAUUGAAGACGUACAGAAUAAUAGCAAUCCUAGUGUAGUGAUGACCAACUGCGUGAAUACACAGCGAGAUAUCAAACCUAAAAAUUCCAGAAAGCGUGCCAAUCCAAUUGUAUUGAAUCAACCAUCAGAGACAAGUCCUGAAAAACAGACAAAACUUACAGAACAGCAGAUACAAGAGAAUGUGGAGCAUUCCAAUGUGUUGCCUAAGCUUACAUCCAUACAACGUCCUGGGAAAAUUUCGGUGAUACUAGCUAGUAACCUGAAGCCUACCAAGUGCAAAACAAACGAGGCUGUUAACAAUCAGCCUACCAAAAACUGUGAUAAUGAAUCAACAUGUUCCAAAAGUUGCAUUAAAGUAAAUGGUUGUCCCACCACUUUUGAAUCUAAUUCAAAUGCAACAGAGGAAUCAAAUGCAACAGUUUUGACUAAAGACCAGAUUUUAUUAUUGCAAGAGAAUUCAAAUCUUGCAGGUAAAACUGAGAAACUUGGCUCUAUUGAUUCAGAUGCUUUAGAUGAUUAUUUGAACGGAGGUAACAACUCGCAAGAACAAGAGGAGGAGUUAUUACAGUAUUUUCAACAAAGCAAUUCAUCGAGUUCAGAUGUAGAAGCAAACACCAUUUCUAUUGAUGAACAAAUAUCAAGAUCUGACAAAGUUUCUCAACUAAGAUUAAUAUUACAACAGAAUUUGAAAGGAGGGAUUGUACAUGCACCCAUUGAUGUAUUACCUGCUGCUAUUAUUAGACAAAGUGUUGAAAAACGUGAAAUCACUCAAAAACACAACUUGAUAUUACCAACUUUACUAAACCAUCCGAAUCCAAAUAAUACUAGACGUAGAGUCAGUUUUGAAACGAACGUUGUAGAACAUGUCCAAGACUCGAAUGUUAUUACCAAUACAGUUCCACAAAGUCCAAAUACAAGACGUCGAAUAUUUAAUUUUACACCAAUAUCGCCAGGCCCACAUUCACCUAUCAAUGGUCGCGCUUCCAAAUCUAAUUCUGCAAACGCCAGUCCAUUUGUUUCACCACGAAAUACACCUGUGCCACGCUCGAGAAGCAAUUUGCAAGCAAGUAGUUCCAGAGCCCGUGCUCAUAAAUCCUUAUCACGUUCAAUAUCUUGCAGUAUGCCUUAUACUAGUAAAAAUGAUACUUUUGUUGUUCCCACAAGUGGUCCAGAAUUAGUUAAACAAGCGUCAUCUACACCACAAUUACCAUUAAUUUCUACGAAAUCGUCGGAAGUGCAAGUAGAUAGCAAUACAACGCAAAUUUCAGUUACACCAAAAAGAGAAGGACAAGGAUCACAAUGUGCUGCAUUUUUAUCUUCUGAUCUAGCGCCGCAAAAACAAUUGGUUAUUAAUUAUCCAAGCCAGGAAAAUUUACAGGAAAUUAAAAACGUUUAUCAAAAAAAUCAACCUGAUCAAGAAAUUAGCGAACUGUUUCAUAGCAAUAAACAAUUUACCAGUGAACUUUACAGAUCACAAUCAGUUCCAUUACAUAGAAUGGUCAAUCCUGCAUUAAUGUCACCUAUUUCAACACAACAUUGCUUAUCAUCUUUUCAAAGUCAGAGUUUUAAUCCAUCUACGAGCAGUUCUGUAGCGCCUACACCAGUACCUAGUGAGUUCAAUGAUUUUGGGUCAAUAGGUCAGUCAGAAGUACCUUCAACAUAUUUACUUGAUGAUGUUGAUCCAAACUUUAUAUCAGAUGACCAAAAUUUCUUAAUGGGUGAUAAAGAAAUUACACCUGAAAACAUAACAAAUAUAUUAAACAUUUUAGAUGAAGAAGGAACUCAAAGCUUGCAAAUUUUACCAGAGCAAUCUGCGGAAGAAGGCUUGAUAGAAAAUAAUUCAAUAGUAUUGGAUGCUUUACCAAAUUCAAAUUUAAACUUGUCAGAAGAGGAUAUGUUAGAUCCAUCAAAUGUACUUGAUAUUCCAGUAGGUGGAGCAUUACAGAAAAUAAUACAGUCACGGUCUUAUCCUAAUACACCAUUACCUGUGCCAGUAUCAACAUACACACCAUCUUAUACAGAAGACAGUAAUGGAUCAAGAUCGUAUCCUUCAACACCACUUCAUACCAUUCAAUCUCAAGAAACGUAUCAGGAUACUAACGAACCUAUGCUUUCAAGUCCUACUUUGAAUUCUUUAAACUUGCACAAUGAGACUGUUAAUGAAUCUGCUUCUAGCAGUUUAUGUAGGAAUGUUGUGGAUUUGCUCGAAGCUAAUUUCCUUGGAGAAACUGAUACAGAAACAAAUGAUUUGGACCCACUUGGUAAUUUUGAUGGAUUGCAAGACGUUGAUUCACUGACACCUUUAUUUAAUGAAGUGACAGAGCCUAAUCGUUGAAAGCAUAUACAGAAAUAAUUCAUAGAUUUUUUUUGUGAUUUUGCAUAGUGAUUUACCAAAGGUUGAAAAAAUAAUUUGCAUAAAUAUUUCACUUUAAUAUACAAAGCAUUAUAAUGGCAGUAUAAAAAGAUUAAUAAAUAAAUCCUAGUUCCUUGUGCUAAUAUCAAAUGAUACAUGUCACAGUGAUUAGAUAAAAUUGCAUCAGUUUGAACUUUAAUUAGAAUAAUUCUCUUGUUUUAUAUUUAUGACUAUAAUUUGUACAAAUUUCUCAGUUUUUUAUCAUUAAGGCAUUUGAAUCUGUACUGCCUAUAUAAUACAGAAUAAUAUUAUCAAAAUUAAAUAUCUUUAAUUUAUGUUUUCAAUUGCAACACCAAACGUAAUAAUAAGAGCUCACGAUGGAAAAUUCAAAUAUAAAGAUAAUAUCUUUAAAAAAAAGUUGACUAUAUUGACUAUUGAAUUAAAUGUAAUUUCAAUGCAGUUGUAAGUGUAUUUAUAAUUCAACUCAAUAUAUAAAAAGCAGAAUAAGUGACUGCCAAUCUUGUAUUGCUUAUUUCUUAAAAUAAGUAAAACAAGAAAGAAAUCACUGUGAUGCAAAUACAAAUCUUUGAAUACUGUAUAUUUCUUGAAUUUGCCACUAGUGAAACUAAAAAGUGUAAAUGUCUUCAGUGCAGUCUUAGGUGUCUUUGGUGGAACAUUGAGUUUACAAGUGUGAAAAAUAAUGACGAAGAAGUUGCUCAAACAGAGCGAUCGUCGCUGUGUAGUAUUGAGAUUCAAAUAAGUGGAAGUUGAUUUUAUAUAAAUACUUUAUAUUCGUCGUUUCGAAACGUUUGUUUCUAAGUCAUUUAAGAACGCGUUAUUGCGACUUUGUUAUUCAAGCGUUUCUAAGAAAUAUUUACGAUCACCUGCUGGACAUUGGUGAGCUUCUUUUUACAUAAUCGGUAUUGAACCCAGUAUGUGGUACGCUUUUUCUAACCGGCGAAAUGGCGGCAAAAGAGCAAAUAUGUAAAUUUGUAAAUGUUUUAUUUUAUCUUAUAUUUGUGUAAAUUUGUUAAAUUUGUGUUUGAUUGAUAAAACAUCACAUUUUUAGAUCAGAAGUAUUCAAACUUCAUAAAAAUCGGGUGAUUAUUGAUUGUUAACUUUUAUAUUAUAUUUUCUCUCCUUGUUUUGUUUUGCCAUAGGCUUUAAGUUUUAUUAUCAAUAUAAAUU